CCGGGGGUAUAUUACAUGUAUAGACCUACCACACCUUAAACUUCAGCCAAACGUGUUUUAUGUUUGAGAGAAUGCCGGUUACGUUACAAUUAGAACGUACGAAAACUAGCUGUACACUGUAGUUUGUAUGGCGAGAUACUGUCAUAGUACAUUCCAUUUUAUAAGACUUAAUUUUAUGAUCUCAAUCAGAUCUUACGGGGGAUUGGCAACUGUACGCAACGGCCCUGGUAAUGCAAUGAGGAAGUCAUGUGAUCUGCGAGCUAAUAAAAACUAGGUCACGUCACGACCUCCUAAGUCAAUAGUAUUAAUGCAACGCAACGGAAAUGUGUUAGAAAAUAGGACUUUUGUUGUCGUAUCAGCUUACUGGGGUUUUUAUUGUGGCAUAUAGAAUUCGACCUGUUUACGUUAAGCAGCUGAGCUUGUAUAUGUAAAGGACACAAAGCUACACACAUUUUUGUACAUGCAAUGAUGGUUUAAAUUCAAACCAGGUAAAGAUCGCGCAACAAGAUCCCAAGGAAUUAUAUUUUCAUCCAGGCAUAUUCACGUCAAAAUCCACGAUCUCCUCGACUAAGACGGAAUUCUUAAAACAACACAUUUGUAUGUGAUCCUUGUGACCAUGCCGUUUUCAGCAAACCAGAAAGAUAUCCACAGGAAACUGUUAGUUGAGCUGUCCGAAGAUAUUGAUGACGAGCAAUAUCUUGAUAAUCUCAAAAAAAUGCUGAGUGGAGAUAUUGGCCAAGGACGUCUAGCAAAAGCUAAAGACUCGUUGAAUUUAAUGAAUACAAUGGAGAACGUCGGUAUUUUGGCGGUUGGAAAGUAUGACCGUUUGAAAGAUAUGUUCCAACAUGCUGGUCUUAAUGGCCUGGUAACGACAAUAAAAGACGCCGAGGCGCGUAUUAGAGCUGAGAGACCAUCUCUAGAGGUUAGACCGAUGGAAGCUGGGACAUACGAGACUCCAGGCCCUGAACUUAGAAGGAAGAGGUCACGGCUUGGUACGGACGCGAGUUCAAGUUCUUCCUUUGACUCCGAAACCUUUUCGCCGACGCCAAGGUAUCCUGUGCAGGUGGCUCCUGGAUUUAGUAGUUGUGUCUACCCUACAGAGACUUCCCGUCGCAGUGGCCUUGUCGUCAUCAUCAAUAAUUUCACAGAAGAAAGAGAAGGUACCGAGCUUGACGUGAGGCAUAUACAGAGUGUAUUUGGUGGUCUACUUCAAUACACGGUGCUCACAGGGUCAGGUUACAAAGACUUGUCAAGAGAGCUGCUGGACAGCAAAUUACAGCACAUAAAGGACAUGCUGCAGGAGACCCCGGGAUACAGCCGAUUCUUUCUGAUAAUACUGAGUCAUGGAGAUAAGGAUGGAAUUCGCACCUGCAAAGCUGAUGGUAAAACCUGGGACAAUAAAAUCAUAACAGUAAACGAAAUAACUGAGAUAUUCCGAGAUACACCGCUCAUGAUAGACUUGCCCAAGGUGUUUAUCAUACAAGCUUGUCGCGGUGAAGAUCAUCAGAAGGCGACGCUAAGGUCAGAUACUUGCCCUGUCGACGACACCGAGUACCUCAACUUGCAGAUGGAAAAUUUGCGGAUCCAAAUUUCCACGCCAAUCGAUGCAGAUAACUUAGUGGCGUAUGCGACAACUCCAGGUCAUAUUGCAUGGCGACAGACGAAUGAAGGUUCUUGGUUUAUACACAACCUCUGUAAGGUGAUAACCGACCACAGAAAUGAACACUUUGUGGACAUUUUGACGGAAACGUCACGACUUGUAGCACUUUUAACAGCGCCUCUAGAGUCAAACGGAAUCAAGACUGUUGCUAAACAAAUGCCUAUAUUUGUCUCCACACUGAGAAAGAAAAUGUAUUUGAUUGACACUUAA